AACAUCGGAACACCACGGGAUACAGUUUUAGGCGUGUAGAACAGGUUACCAAGAUAGAAAGGGAAUACCUGACUAUGAAGGAUUAUGAUACCACUGUUGCUUUCCUGGGUCAGUGGGGACGCUUCCAGCUGAUUUUUUUCUUCCUGCUCUGUUCUACCAUCGUGCCCAAUGGAUUAGGUGCUUUCACACUUAUUUUCCUGACUGAUGUACCAAGUCACCAGUGCCUCGUGUCUGACACCAACAUCACAGAAGACUGGCGUAAAAGUAUCAUCCCCGUAGAGGUGGUGAAUGGAAAACCAGAGCUGAGCAGUUGCAGCAGAUACCGGCUGGAUGUGGUCAGAAAUCUCUCCGCUCUGGGAUACAUUCCUGGCAGGGACGUGAACCUCACUGACCUGGAGCAGGAGGGCUGUGUGGACGGGUGGAGCUACAGCAAAGACAUUUAUCAGUCUACCAUCGUGUCUGAGUUUGACUUGGUGUGCACUGAUCAAUGGAAGCGGCCGUUCACCACCUUAGUUUUCUUUCUGGGAGUUCUUUUUGGAUCAGUCUUCUCAGGACAGCUGUCUGACAGAUAUGGAAGGAAACCCGUUCUUUUUGCAACCAUGGCAGUGCAGACAGUUUUUGUCUUUGUUCAAGCCUUUGCGACUUCGUGGGUUGUGUUCAUCGUCUUGCUCUUCUUCAAUGGUUUGGCACAGAUAAACUAUCUAUCUGCUUUAGUGCUGGGUGCUGAGGUUUUGACUGGAAAUGAACGUGUCCUUUUCUCAUCUUUGGGUUCAUGUUUAUCCUUUGCCAUUGGCUACAUGACGCUCCCUCUCUUUGCUUACUUUUUGAGGGACUGGAAAUCUCUGCUGUAUGCUUUGUCUGUGCCUAGUGUGGUGUUUAUCCCCCUCUGGUGGUUCAUCCCAGAAUCUCCUCGGUGGUUGAUCUCUCAAGGAAGAGUGGAGGAAGCUGAGGCCAUAUUGAGGAAGGCCGCUAAGUGGAAUAAAGUUCAAGUUCCAAAGACCAUCUUUGAAGAUUGCAAUGUCACCAAGACAAGGACACACUCGAAGGAACAGUACACCGUCUUAGACCUGCUGAGGCUAAGGAGCGUCAGAGCCACAACUCUCAUCGUCUGCUUGUUGUCGUUCAGCCUUUGUGUAGGCUACUUUGGCCUGUCCUUCAAUGCGGCCCAGCUCCAUGGUGACCCCUACAUCAGCUGUUUUCUCGCCGCUGUCGUGGAGAUUCCAGCCUACAUUUCCAGCUGGGUGGCUUUGCGAUACUUUCCACGACGGCUUUCUUUAGUAGGUUGCUUCCUGCUUGGAGCAAUGCCACUAUUCUUUAUUCAACUGGUGCCAGAAGAUCUACCAAAUCUGUCUCUUACUCUGGAGUUGGUGGGCAAAUAUGCAUUUACCACUGGUAUCUCCUUGAUAUUUGCCUACGUCGCAGAGCUGUACCCAACAGUGUUAAGGAACACAGCGACGGGGAUAUGCAUGGCUGUUUCCAGAAUGGGAAGUUGCAUUUCCCCUUUUGUGUUAAAUUUGCGUGUGUACUUUACAUUCCUGCCCUAUAUAAUAUUGGGAGCUCUGGCUGUGUUGUCUGCCUUUGCCACUCUGUUCCUCUCAGAGAGUUUUAAACAACCUCUACCUGAAACUAUCCAACAAGUGGAAGAAAGAGAGAGGAUGAAAUGUCCAUGCAAAAGUAGAAAAAAGACUCCACUAUCAGUGAGACAACAGGACAGUCCACUGUGACUAGAUAACAACCUCCACAAUCAUGGAGUUUGAGGCGCC